GAUGCAUGCCUGUUGGGACUGUGACUACCAUGUUUGUGGACACUGCGAAGUCAAGUUCCAGGUAUCGCACCUGGUUUUCCUAUUGGCACCCGGGGGGUGACGCUGGGGGUGACGUUGGCAUCUCCGAGGAGGCUGGUAUUUUUGAGCGCUUAGACAAGUGGAUUCCCGGAUUUGGAGGACAUGGCAUCGACAGCAAUAGAGGGAGUUGCAGGAAGCGAUUCCUCAAGCUUCAGAUUAUCGGGGUCGCCAGCUUGCAGCUUGGGGCGAUCGGAUUCUGUGGUGGCCGUGUGCUUUCAGCAGAGCCUGCCACGAGCAGUGAGGAUGCGAGCCUAAAGGGACGCCCCUCCUGCCCCGCCGGCCACGACAUGGUAGAGUAUUUCUCAGCGUUGAAGCCGAGACUGAUGUGCCUCAUAGGCAACCAGCGGCAUACGUUCGUUCAUAGUCACAGACAUGCAGUUUAG